AUUUUAAUACCGGAGAAUGCUCGAGCCAGUUAUCCAGAAUUUCCAUGCAGAUAUCCCAUUCUAUCAAGUACCAGAGUACCUAAGUAUCCACUAUCCAAUAAACUCGUUUGAUUGGCUGGAACUUACCUAAACCGGUAGGUGAACGUGGGGUUCACCGAUAGGAGCUACAUAGAUCCGACCCAUCGAAAUUUUGUUAUCGGCCGCAUCUGAUGAACUUCGAGCAAAUUUCAAGAUUCCUUCUCGGGAUUGUGGCUCAUAUACAAAAAAUCCGAGGAUAAUUCGCCAUGGCGGACCAAAAGCCCCCCGUCCAGGGCGCUUCUUCAGCGUCUGCCCCGCCUGCGGCGGCGGCGACAGCGACAAGCUCUGGGGCUACUUACAAGGCUCCAACACCCAAUCCAGCUUUCCGCAUGAUGGGAAUACCAGGGCUACCUAAGAAGCUUCCCUCUCGCAACUGGAUGAUAUUCUUUGCCAUUACAGGAUCAUUCUCCGCUGCCAUAAUAUACGACAAGCGCGAGAAGAAGCGCGCAACCGCCCGGUGGUCUAAAGCAGUCUCCCACCUCGCGCGCGAACCCAUCACGAACCCGACCCAGCUACCACGAAAACUCACCAUAUUUCUCGAGAGUCCCCCCGGUGACGGUCUCCGUGUUGCGCAGGAUCACUUCACCGAAUACGUAAAGCCGGUAUUGGCCGCAUCAGGGUUAGACUGGGAGUUUGUACAGGGCAGGAAAGAGGGCGAUAUUAGAGCUGCGGUAGCUGAGAGGAUACGACGGACGAGACAGCCGGAAACAGAGGGGCAGACCAAGGAGGAGAUAGUGCGGGAGAUAAGAAAGAAGAAUGCGACACCCGAGUGGCAAGGUAUCCGAGGUGACAUUGUGAUCGGACGACAUACGUGGAAGGAGUACGUCCGGGGUAUACAUGAGGGCUGGUUAGGACCCCUCACGCCGCCCGUAUUACCGGAACCCGAAGUGAAGAAAGCUGAGGAGACGCCGGCCGGCGAAGGAAGUGAUGGAGAGAAGCAAGAGCCGAAGCCUGAGGAGAAGCCCGAGAGACCACCGCAACCACCACCAUACAACACUCCAAACGACUAUCCCACAUCCCCCCUCCCGAUGCUUAUCCCCGCCGAAUUCUCCCCCUCAGCACCCAUACCAUUCCCCCACAUUCUAGGCUUCUCCAACACCUUCAUACGUUUAAGACGUUUCCUUAACCGCCGCCACCUAGCCGACGACAUAGGCCGCGAAGUUGCAGCCGCAUGCCUCGCAGCGGCACGCGAGUUCCGCGAGGACGCAGACCUAACACGGGCAGAGCAACAGACGGUUCUCGAACACGAGGAGAGGGAUUGGCCCAAGGCUAUAUGGAAAGAAGAUAAACCCAAGGAAGGCGAAGAAAAGAAGGUUUCCGCCACACCUCAGGAGAAGAUAUGGACGAGACCCAUAGUGCUAGAUCCGCGAAUCGCGAUGCGCAUGCGGCGCUUCGAGAUCCAGCCCGAGGAGGAGGCUCGCGCCAGGGAAAUCGUGGUCCCAGAAGAGGAGGUAGAGGGUUGGAUCAAGGGCAGUCUCCGGAGCUUGUACCGCUGGGCCAUCUCGAAGCCCGAGCCUAAUCCCUCGUGGCCUGACGAGUGAGCGUCGGUCCUAAUCGCUUGUCUAGACUUGCCUGGGUCUAGCAAUCGCCAGGGAUUCAAAUGUAAAAUAUAAUAGUAUGCAUAAAAGGAUAACCUCAUCGUGCAUUGCCGGUCGGCAUACGGCUCUGCCUGUACUAACAUGCCGCAACGCAUCGGAUCUGCAUAGAAGGUGGUGGUAAGGGGGGGCAACGUUGGGAUGUGCUACGCCGUGUAUGUAGGGUAUUAUAUGACGACCAUGUGAUUAUGUUUACAUUAAAAAAUUCACAACUCUAUCUUCGGAGCACUAUUU